CGUUUCAAUUCAUUCACUCAUUCAUUGAUUUGAUUGUGUUUUUUGUUGUGAACUGAAUUUGUUUCGUGUAUUGUAUGAGUGGUUGUGUGGGAAGUGAUGCCAAACCAGUCGUCAACAGUGGGCACAGCGACGGGCGGGUCGACUGCGGGGACGACCGGAUCGGGCGGUCAGUCAAUGGCCGGCAAAGCGAAGCCAGAGUGCGAUCCCAUCAAAGAUGAAAAGCUCGGACUCAUGAGGGAAGUCGGCUCUCAAGCCGUUUGGUCCCUCUCUUCCUGCAAACCAGCUAUAUAUGAAUGUACUCUUCGUGUGCUAAUAGGCUUUGGUGUGGAUCAGCUGCGGGACAAUUGUCUGGAGACGUACUGGCAGUCGGACGGCCCGCAGCCGCAUCUCGUGAACAUACAGUUCCGCCGCAAGACGACAAUACAGGACGUGUGUAUAUACGCCGACUAUAAGCUGGACGAGUCGUAUACACCGAACCGGAUCUCCGUGAGGGCCGGCAACCACUUCCACGACCUCCAAGAGGUGGAGCUCAUGGAUCUGAGCGAACCCAACGGUUGGGUUGUCAUACCGUUAAAGGACUCCAACGACUGUCCGAUUCGGGCGUUUCUCAUUCAGAUCGCCGUUCUGUCCAACCAUCAGAACGGAAGGGACACUCAUAUCCGGCAAAUCAAAGUCCAUUCGCCGGUCCAGAACUCCAUCGUCUCUAUACUCGACUUUCCCAUCAAUUUCACGACUGUUGAGCUCUCACAGCACUCCACCAUUAGAUAG